CCACCUUAUUACAAUAUGGAAAUACACAGACAUUACACUUGUUUUUCACUAUAUAAACACCAUCAGCUGGAUUAAAAUAACAGUUGUGUUGUAGCGACCAACGCGAAAGGUAAAUUUAUCAGGAUGCUGAAAGUAGUUUUGGUGGUAGGUUUCGUAGCCGCUUGCCAAGCGGCUCAGUUUGAAAUUGUCAAUCGAGAAGGAGGGCCAGUCUGGGUGGGUAUUCAAAGCAAUGAUGGAAAGCCACCGCUAGAAAGGGGAGGAUUCGUCCUGGAAAAAGGACAAUCGCGCACCGUCAAUUCCCCGGACGACUGGGCUGGUCGUUUCUGGGCGAGGACCUGGUGCGACCCCAACAGCAAACACUGCUUGACCGGCGACUGUGGAAACAAGAUAGAAUGUGGAGGCAAUGGAGGAGCACCACCAGCCACAUUGGCAGAAAUUAAACUUAAAGGACAUGGUGGUCUCGACUACUACGACAUCUCCCUUGUCGACGGCUUCAACAUUCCAGCAAGUAUCGAGCCUGUUGGAGGCGCUGGGGACGGCGGCCAGUACAGCUGCAAGAGAUCAGCCUGCGCUCGCCACCUUAACGACGCCUGUCCAGGUCCUCUGAAGCUGAACACACCAAACGGAGUCAUAGGAUGCAAAUCUGCCUGUCUGGCGUUCAACACCGACCAAUAUUGCUGCCGCGGCGCUCAUAACAGACCGGAAACCUGUAGGGCUUCGGAUUGGCCAACAAAUUAUCCAGCCUAUUUUAAGAAUGCUUGUCCGGAUGCGUACAGCUACGCUUACGAUGAUCACAAGAGCACCUUCACCUGCAAAGCCAACAAGUACAGGGUCACCUUUGGCAUCUAAGUUUGUUAACGUAGGUACGUCUGUUCUGGUAACAAAUUAGCAGAAAUGUUGGUCCCACUUCUUGAGAUUUGAAUUGCAAGAUAACAUCUAAGUUGGUGCCAUAUUUCUGACGUGUCGGAACCUGUUCGAGACGUAUGUUAUACAAAUAAUAAUAAAGUAAGGUGUUAUAGUUUUAUAAGCGAUUUUUGUACCUUCAACAGCUUCCGUUUUCAGAAAUAAAUUUUUAUAUCAUUUAUCAAAUAG